UUGAAGCCAAUCCUGGUGACAACGUUGGAUUCAACGUAAAGAACGUGUCCGUGAAGGAUCUGAAGCGUGGCUUCGUCACUUCGGACUCGAAGAACGACCCCGCCAAGGAAGCUGCUGAUUUCCUUGCGCAAGUUAUCGUUCUUAACCACCCCGGUCAGAUCCAGGCUGGAUAUUCUCCAGUGCUGGAUUGUCACACCGCUCACAUUGCGUGCAAAUUCGCUGAGCUCGUGACCAAGAUCGACAGGCGUACCGGUAAGGAGCUCGAGGCUAACCCUAAGAACGUGAAGUCUGGGGACUCGUGCAUGGUGAAGAUGGUUCCCAGCAAGCCCAUGUGUGUUGAAUCAUUCCAACAAUACUCUGCCCUCGGUCGCUUUGCCGUGCGCGACAUGAAACAGACUGUCGCCGUCGGCGUCAUCAAGGAUGUCACCAAGAAAGAGGCCGGCGCCAAGACCACUAAAUCUGCCGAAAAGGCCCUGAAGAAGAAAUAACCUACAUCUUGGAGACUUAAUAAUAGGCAAAUAUCUGUGUUAUCUAGUCUUUAAGAUGUGCGGUUUUAUAAGAAACGUCAACGUGGUA